AUGGAAUUAUAAAUUAUAAACAGUCAAAUAGAAGGGGAACAUAAAUUAAAAUCAAUAUAAUGUGUUAAAAUCAGCUAUGAGCGAUUAUUUAUGCUUGUAUUGAUUUGGUAUAUAAUUAGGUAUUAUUAUGUGUGAGUACUGGGUUUCUGGCUGGUUUUUAUUUUAGAUGGUUUCCUUCUUAAUUUAUAAAUUUUUUGUACAUAGCUAGUACUUUAGAUAAGGCAACUCAUAUUAAAACAAAUCCACAUAAUGAGAUCUGUUAAGUAAUUAGAGAAGGAAAGAAUAUCCAUUUCAAAUUUAGGUAAUAAAAAAAUAAAGAAACUUAGAUUCUUAAAAUAUCAAUAUUAAGAAGAUAAGUUUAAACCUUUAGAAUUUGAACCAAUAAACUCUAAUAAUUUAACAAGUUAAGAGGUAUAAGUAAGAUAAAAAGAUUAUGGAUCAGCAUUAAUGAAAAUUCCAAUGAUAGGAUUUCUGGAAUUUACAUUAGAAGAACUUUCUACACCGUUUUAUACAUUAUAAUAUUUAUGUGUUGUAAUUUGGUUGGUUUAAGGAUUUUUUUAUUUUGCAAUUGUAAUGAUGUCUUGUUCAUUGAUUUCAACAUUCAUAAAGUUUUAUUUACUUAGAUAAUCUUUAAAUAGAUUAUAAUCAUUAGCUGCAAUUCAUUAAUAAGUAAGAGUAAUUAGGAAUAAUGAUUAAAUAACUAUUGAUGUUAAUGAACUUGUACCAGGAGAUAUAAUCAUUUUAUAAACAAUGAUAGUUCCAGCUGAUUGUAUAAUAAAUGGUAUGGCGUUAUUAAAUGAAGCAACAUUAACAGGUGAGAGUAAUCCUGUACCAAAGUAAACAGGAUAGAUUUUAUUUGAAGGUACAAAGAUUUUAGAAGUAAAUACUGGAUCAACUGCUUAAAUAAUAAGAACUAAUUAUUCAACAAUUAGAGGCUAGUAUUUUAGAAAUGUAUUAUACCCUCAUAAAGUGACUCAUAAAUUUUACACUUAAGCAAUUAAAUUUUUAUGUGGAUUUGGUAUUUUCAAUGUAAUAAUUGCUGCUGCUACUAUAGUAAUAUAUUUAGAUUAUACAACUGAAUUAAUUUUAGCAAAUAUAUUUAGUACUUUAACUUGGAUAUUCCCACCUGCUAUGCCUAUCUUUUUUUCAUUAACUGCUACUAUUGCAUUACUACGUUUAAAAAAUAAUAAUAUUAUUGGUAGCAAUAUGGAUAAAAUUCAUAUUUCAGGAUAAAUUGAUGUUGCAUGCUUUGAUAAAACAGGUACUUUAACAACUAAUGAAUUAACUGUUAUAGGAUUAUGGGAUAAAUAAGAUUGUAAUAUAUGUAUAAGUUGUUGUCAUCAUAUUUGUCAAUCUGAAGGAUAAUUAAUGGGAGAUAUAUUGGAUCUUGAAAUGUUUAAAUAUAGCAAAUCUAAAAUAUAAUUUGAUAAUGAUGAUAUCACAAUUACAACUUAAGAUUAAGAUAAUUAUAAAAUUAUUAAAAUAUUUGAUUUCAAUUCUGAAUUAAUGAUGAUGUCAGUUAUUGUUCAAAGUGAAAAUAAAUAUUAUUUAUGUUCUAAAGGUGCUCCUGAAAAAUUACAGACUAAAUUAAACUCUUUAAAUGAAGAAAUGAAUUCUUAAUUAUCUUUUUAUGUUAAUCAAGGAUAUAGAGUUAUAAGUUUAGCUUAAAAAGAAAUUAAAUAGGAACAUAUCAAUUUAGAUAGAAUGUAAUUAGAAGUCAAUCUAAAUUUUCUAGGAUAUUUAAUUUUUGAAAAUCAAUUAAAAAACGAUACAGCUGAAGUUAUGAAAUAAUUGAUUGAAUCAAAUUUAAAAGUUAAGGUAAACAAAUAAUAAUGAUUUAGAUUCUAAGUGGAGAUAAUCCUUUGACAACUGUGAAUACUGCAUAUAAUAUUGGUAUAGCAGAUGAGGUUGUUAAAUUAUUUGAUAUUAGAAAUUCAGAGAUUUUAGAGGUAGAUAUAAAUAGAGUAGUUGGAAAAUAAUAAAUAAUAUAAUAAAAAAUGUAUCAAAUAGAUUUAAAAGAUUUGCAAAAUUACAUUUACACUUUAAACCAUAAGUUUGCAUUAACAGGAGAUUUUAUGGAAUUUUGUAAUCAAAAUUAAUUGGACAUAUCUUCUUUAUAUUAGAAAACAAUUGUAUUUGCUAGAGUUAAACCACACUAAAAAAAAGAAGUUAUAUUUAUACAUCAAUAAUCAAAAUGCUGUGUUGCUAUGAUAGGAGAUGGAUCAAAUGAUUGUGUAAUUAUUAUUAUGAUUAAAGUCAGCUAUUUCAUAAGCAGAUAUUGGAGUCUCAUUCUCGUAAGCUGAUGCUUCAUAUACAGCUCAUUUCUCAUCUUUAGAUUAAUCUAUUAAAUGUAUUGUGACAAUAUUAGCAUAAGGAAGAGCAACAGCUUAGACCUUGAGUGAAAUAUUUCCUCUCUAUACUUUAUUAAGUUUUCUAGCUACUUGUGCUUAUACUUGUUUGGCUCUUGAAGGUUAAAAUUAUAGUGACUUUUAAUUAUUAUUCCUUAGCUUUUUAUGUUACAUUCCUAUUAUGGCAUCUAUGACAUUAACAAAAGCAUUACCAAAUCUAUCUAAAGAAUUGCCUUUAGAUGAUAUGUAUUCAUGUAAACUAUCAUAUUUAUUAAAGUAAAUAACCAACUUUCAUUUUAUACUCAUGUAUUUAUUUUUACUGGUGGUCUACUGGUAUCUGUAGCUAUUGUUAUGAAUGCUGAAAAUCAUCAUUUUGAAAAGCCAAAACCUCCAAUCUAGGACUAUCUUAGAGUUGGAAUGCUUAAUACAACUACUGUUAUUAUAGCCUAAAUUUACAGCUAAUUUUUACCUUUCAUCUUUAUUAUCUCUAAACCAUUUAAAGAAUAUUUUUAUAAGAAUUAUGUUUAUAUGGCAUACUCAAUUCUUUCAUUUACAAUAACAAUGUUAUUUGUGUUUUGUAAACCAACUUAAUCAUUUUUAGAUUUGGUUGACUUUAAUUCUGAAAUGUAAUAUGAUAAUCUUAUUUUAGAGAUCAUUUUGACAUUUUCUUAGUUUUGAUUAUGGCAGGUACGAUCAUUUUAGAUAUUAUAAUUUAAAAUAUAUUGUAAAUAAAAUUUCCAAGGAAAAGAUAUUUAUGA